UAUAAGUCAAAAUAUUGAAUUUUUUUUUUUUCGGAUAUUAGUAUUUUUUAAGUAGCCGACUAUGUGUGUCUAAGAGUAUAAGUCUCUACUGUACUUUGUUUCCAGUGUAAUAACGAUUUGAACCUAACAGUCCAAGAGAAAUAAAGUUCAUUAUGUUGGGUGUAAGAGUACAAGUCAACUUAUACUGUUACACCCAAGUCAAAAUUAUGUUGGGUGUAAGAGUACAAGUCAACUUAUACUGUUACACCCAAGUCAAAAUUAUGUUGGUACUGUUGCUUGUUUACUGACUUAUACUAUUGGGAACAACUUCUCCCAGCUGUUGGUUGUGGUUAGAAUUUAACUUAUAAAGUUAUAACAAUAGUAGAAGAUUCUGCGUUAUUUUUCACUAUUCCUCUGAUUUUUACAUUAUAAUGUAUAGUGUGUAGGAGAAAUAAUGUAUAGCAGAGGAAAAAAACUUGUUGAACUUGUAAAAACGAAAAUAGCUAAAGAGAAUACCUCCAGUUUAAAUGCAGGUAAGUGCUAAUUAAAUUUAGUGUGGUACUCCAUUUAUGUCUGUAACUGCAGUAAAAUCUUUUGCAUUAUUACUUUUGUCUUUUAUUUUAUUUCAGAUGUGAUUGAAAAUGUGAAAGACAUACCUGUUGUAACAAACGACCGAAUUGAGGUUAGGGACGAUAUAGAUGAGAAAGGAACUGUGAAUAUCGCGGAAUACUGGUCAGAAAGAAAAACAAACGAGGACGAUCAUGUCUUUGUUCAAGAUACUAGGAACACAAUUUCGAAUGGUAUGGAUGAAGAAAUUUCUAAUGUGACUGAAGAACAACUCGUUAAUGUUGAUGGCACACAGCUACCAAACACCUCAUCAUACAAUUGGGAACUUGAUGAAGUUUUAUUUGAAGUUGUUGUUGAGGACACAGGCCUUGCAAGUAAGUUACAUAGUAUGAGUUGGCAUGUAAGCGUAGAUGUAAAACUAUUAUUAUAUUGUAGUCUUUGGCUUUAUUGUGUGGUUAUACUUACGUCAUUAUUUUUAUGUGUAGGUAAUAAUGAAGAUGGAAGUUUGACAGUGCUCCAACCAAUGGUUAUUGAAGACAUUGCAGAUGCAAAUAACAGAAAUAAAGAAAAUGAACCACAUUAUGAACAGAGUGAAUUUUCCUAUGAUGUUGUUGAUGAGGACAGAGGCCUUGAAAAUACGCGGAACACAUGGGCAGGUAAGAGAGUUGAUACAAAACUAAUCAUUCUUUUAAAAGUCAUUGGCAUUAUUGUGUGCUUGUAGCUAAAAUAAUUGUUUUACUUAUAGGUAAUAAUGGAGAUGGAAGUUUGACAGUGCUCCAUCCAAUGGUUACUGAAGACAUUGCAGAAGUAAAUAUUGAUAAUGGAGAAAUUGAUCCAGAUUAUGAACCGAUAGAAGAGAAAAGCUCAAGUGAAGAUGAUGUUUCCGUUAAUGUUCCUCGCCAGAGGAAGGCUGGUCUCGGAGAAAAAGAAGACAAUACACAAACAAUUGAAGCUGAAGUGAAAAAAUGUAGGUUUUCAAGAGCAAGAAAAAGAGAAAAGUGUGUAAACCGUAACAGAGGGGUGUCAUACACAACUUUAAGCGGUAAAGUUGUCAAAGCUAGAGUAAUGAAACCUCUUAGAGACUGUCGAGCAGAAUGUAGAAAGAGACUUCCUGAAGACAUAAGAGAAAGUAUUUUUAAAGAAUAUUGGUCUCUUGGUAGUAGAGACAGGAGAGUAGCAUAUGUUGCCAGCCUUGUUGAUACUAUGGAAACCAAAACAUCAAGAAAAAGAGCUUACAAUCCUGAUAAAGAGAAAUUUAGAAUGGUUACACAUACGUUUCAUUUUAAGAUAAAUGGGAAAAGAGAAAAAGUUUGUAGGGGAUGUUUUAUGAACACAUUAGAUGAGACACAAAUGUUUGUAACUCUUGCAAUCACCAACAGAAGUACCUCUACAUCUGGUAUCACACAGCAGGACAACAGGGGAAAAACAUCACCUGGUAAUGCAAUUUCUGAUGAACGACUGGAUGAGGUUCGAAGGCAUAUACAAUCAUUCCCUUCUUACGAAUCUCAUUACACGCGAAGAACAAACAACAAGAAGUAUCUUCCUUCUUUUCUGGAUUUGAAUACUAUGUUCUCAUUUUACAAAGAAUCAACUUCUAAUCCUGUGGGGCGUACUGUAUAUACUAGGGAGUUUAAGUCCUUGGGACUAGCCUUUAAAGCACCAAAAGUAGACACUUGUCAUAGGUGUGACACAUUACAAAUGAAAGUGAAGCUAGCGAGUGGUGCAGAAGAAGAAGAUAUAAAACAGGAAAUAUCUGUGCAUCAUGCAGAAGCUGAUAAAGCAUACCUACAGAAAGAUCUCGACAAGAAAACUGCUAAAGAUGAUCCUAGCAAAAGGUGUUUUACGUUCGACUUACAACAAUGUUUGCCCACACCUUUUGUUCAGUCGUCUGUGUCUUUUUACAAAAGACAGCUCUGGACGUAUAAUUUAACUAUGCACGAAACUAGUAAACCAUCUGUUCGUUGUUAUAUGUGGCAUGAAGGCGAAGGUGCUCGUGGAGCAAAUCAAGUUGCCACAUGUGUAUUGAGAGAGCUUUCUGAGUUACCUGAAGAUGUAACGCACAUUAUUUUAUAUUCAGAUACAUGUGGCGGCCAGAACCGUAACUCGCAUGUAGCAGCAAUGUUUCUGUAUUUGAUGCAACAGAAAUGUAAUCUUCAGUUGGUGGACCAUAAAUUUAUGGUGAGUGGGCAUAGUCAUAUGGAAUGUGACACAGACCAUGCACUUAUAGAAAAGCAGAAGAAAAAACUGCGCUUCACUGUGUCACACCCCCAUGACUGGUACCAGCUUGUCAGAACUGUUGGAAGGAAAAACAAAUUUGAAGUUGUAGAACUUAAUCAUCAGGACUUCCUCAAUUUUGCUGAGCUGUACAAAACUAGUCUCUUUCUUAGAAAGAAGGAUAGUUCAGGAGAACCCUUCAAGUGGACUGAGAUGAGAUGGCUCAGAUACACUCAAGAACGACGAGUGAUUCAAUUUAAGAACACACUUGAUGAAGACGCACCUUUCAGAGAAAUUUGUUUAAAACGACGGAACCGCAGUCCAGAUGAGCUGUUACAUCCAAAGAAAUGUUAUAACUCCACACUUGCCAUUUCCAAAGAGAAAAAGAAGGAUCUCUUGGAGCUGUUGCCAUUGAUAGACACAGUUUUUCACAGCUUUUAUUUAAACUUGAAAACUACUGUGGAUGCAAGAGAUGUACUUCCUGAUAUAGAGGAAUUCAAUGAAUGAAUAUUUUUGCACUUUCCGGAGCUUUACCUUCCAAAGGUUUUUGUAAUAAGUAUACGAAUGUUGUCAAUUAAUCAUUUUCUUAGCAAAAAGUGUCAUCUAAUUUAAGAAAACCUGCAAUAUUCUCACCAGUAUAAGUCAUGUAAUUAAUGGUCUUAAGAGUACAUGUCUUUAAACCUGCAGUGUUCUCACCAGUAUAAGUCAUGUAAAUGAUGGGCCCUAACAGUACAUGUCAUUUAUUUAAUCUUUAGCAAUAAAGAAAGAAAUAUUGUUGUUGUAAAAUGCUAAUAAAUCAUUUACUAAGCAUAUGUAGCCAUUUGGUUUAUUUAAAAUAAUGGAAAUUUGAUAUUGUCACUAAUUUAAAAUCUUUAAACCUCUCUCCUGAAAAAUAGAAGUUUUUGACUUAUACUAUUACUCCCUGGAGCAAUAGAUAUAUUAUUUAUUUUUUAAUACACACACCACACAUAUAAGUACCUUUAUGUUGUGGUUCGGUUCCAGGUACAACCACUACAUUGCAAAAUCACUUGCAGGCUAAACAUGCAGCAUUAUACCAUCGCAUGAUACAAGAUAAGAAAGAGACCUCAAAAUUAAAACCAAAUCCCGAACAAGCUACUAAAACAAGCUUGCAGCAGCCGACCAUUUCACAAGUAUUAAUGAAAUCCACAAAAAUGCCACCAAGUGACCCCAGAGCUCAGUCCAUUACGAAACAAAUUACAAAAAUGUUGGCAACAGAGUUGUUGCCAUAUGAUUUCGUAGAAGGUCAAGGUUUCAAAGAACUGAUGGCCAACCGGCACGUAGCACCAACUUACCAAGUACCUUCUCGGACCACAUUUUCCGAACACUAUGUCCCGGCCCUCUACGAAGAAACUAAACAGACACUUCAGUCAAUGCUUGUUGCAGACCUUCCAUCACUGUCAGCCAUAUCAUUAACAUCAGAUGGCUGGACUUCUCGUUCCAAUGACAGUUACAUCAGUCUGACGUGCCACUACCUCAGGCCCGAUUUUUCCCUGGUUUCAUUUGCCAUGAGCAAUAUUGUAGUUCAGGAAUCUCACACAAGUGUCAACAUUGCUACAACAAUUAAAUCAGUUUUAUGUGACUGGGGUAUUUCUGUUGAAAAUGCCACUAUACCCAUUUUUUGCAUCACUGACAAUGCUGCAAACUAUAAAUAAGCAUGUUCUUCACUAUUUCAUGAAAAUGCCCGAAAUUGUUUUGCCCAUUCGCUUCAAUUAGCCAUUGAAGAUGCAAAGAAAGAAUGUGCAGGUACACAAACACUCCUUUCCAAAGCAAGAGCUAUUGUUGGUCAUUACCGACGCAGUAGUUCUGCAAGGAAACGACUGCACAAACUUCAAGAACAGAUGAACAUACAAAAACUGGAGGUUAUCCAAAAUGUGGACACACGUUGGAAUUCUGAGUUUGCUAUGCUGAAGUGGCUGAUUCAGAUAAGACCUGCUAUGGUGGCCGAACAUGCAGAUUCAAACAGUACAGAAAUACUCUCUGUGUCAGAGUGGAAGCAAGCAGAAGGUAUUGUUGAGAUUUUAAAACCACUUGCAGAGGCCACUGAUGAAAUGAGUGGGGAAAAAUAUGCUACAUCAUCAAUGGUAAUCCCAAUUUUGCACUGCUUGUUGGCUAACCUUGAGCUGCAUAUUCGCCAGAAGAAAGAUGGAGUAACAUUUGCAAGAGCGUUAAUAAAAUUUUUGAAAUCCAGAUUCCAAAAUUUUAUUAUGGAGUCAGUGAAUCACAUUUCAAUGUUAAUAGAUCCAAGGUUCAAGGGUGUGUUAAUUUCUGACACAGAAGCACAGGCUACACUGAUUUCUGCACUCAGACUAUUGCCAAAAGAAAAUAAGUUACCUCAAGAUGUACCUACAUCCUCUCAGAGUCCAGCAUCAAGUUGUGGUGUGUCCUAGAUUCUAUUCCUAAUCAAGUCGACAUAGUUGAAUCGGAGGAAGUGAGAAGAUACCUCAAAGAACCACGUCUUAACAGAGGAGAUGAUUCCCUUCACUGGUGGAAAAUUGAAGGCAGAAACAAAUAUCCUCACCUAGCACAGAUUGCUGUUAAAUACCUGGGUAUUCCUGCAACUCAGGUAUCGUCAGAGAGACUUUUUUCUUCUGCAGGAAAUGUGGUCAGCAGCCGUAGGGAAAGUCUCUUGCCCGAACAUGUGGAACAGUUAGUAUUUUUACAUGCUAAUUUGAAGCAUAAGAAAACUGUGUAAUGUCCUUUAAAAAUAUGUAUACUCGUGUGUAUUUUGGCAAUGUAAAACUAGUAUUAGCAGAGUAAUGUAUGGCUAUAAUUUUGAAUAUGUAAUGUAUU